AUUGAAGUAACAGCACGAGAUCUGGGAACCCCUCCCUUAUCGGCCACUGCAACACUGACGGUUUAUGUGGAGCACAUUGCCACAGUUGCUCCUGAUUCUGGUCUCGGAUUUGCAGAUUCUCUAUACAAUGUUGAAAUUGCUGAGAAUUCCUUAGCCAACACACUUAUAAAAAGUCUUCUUGUUAUAAACAAACCCAGAGGAAAUUUCCCUAUAGGUUGUCGAAUUGACAGAGGAAAUGAAGAAGGUUUAUUUUACGUAAUUGAAACGAAUAACAGAGACUGCGAACUACGUCUCCAAACUGGGGAAUUGGAUUAUGAACGACAGAAUCGAUAUGUUUUGACCGUUAGACUAGUAACAGUUGGAGGUUUAUUCGGAUCUUCCAGACUUCGAUCCGACGUUGCUGUUCAAGUUUUGGACAUAAAUGACAACAAACCAGAAUUCUUAAUUCCCCAGCGUUAUUCUAGAAUAUUGACGGAUAAAUACUUUGCUGUCCUUGCUCAUGAUGCCCCCCUAGAAACUGCUUUUAUACAAGUACAGGCUUUUGACCUGGAUUCAGGAGCUAAUGGAUUUGUCACUUACGAGAUAGCUUUAGACUCUGAUCCUUUCCGAAGAUUUCGUAUCGAACCUCAUUCUGGAUUCAUCAGCAACAUAAAAUCUUUAGAGGACGUUCGACAAGAAGAACUGCCAUUGCGUUUAAAAGUAGUUGCUCGAGACAAUCCAGAACUUCGUUCAGCAGUUAUGACUCAGAGUAUAUAUGUGUUUGUAAAUGUUAUACGAAACGAAAAUCGAAUGGUUUUAGUUCUCAAAAAUGUUUUACCCGAUAAAGUUCUGGGAAUAAAAGAAAAUAUACUUCGAUUAAUACAAGAGAGAACGGGAGUGUUAGCUGACGUGGAAAAGGUUGUCUCUCUCAAAAUGAUAAAAAAUCAAUCAAUAGAGACUGAUACAUCAGGAAGUGACUUGUGGUUUUAUGCUAUUGAUCCCGCAACCAUGAAAAUUAUGCGAUCGGAUGAUCCCAAAUUACGAAUAGCACUGUUAGAGCAUGGAAGGACCGACAGUCUACUUUCUGAGAUGUCUCGAACUUUGGGUGUCCAAGCUGUUCAUAUCAGACCUCCCAUUUUAACACCUCUUCCUGAGGUUCCAGUUGAACCUUCACAACCAGCUGUCAUUGUGAAAACAGCCAAUGGAGGUGGAGGACACAGAGUACCCACGACGGAUGGAGAUGUGAGCGAUCUUGGAGCAGCGCUUAUAGCUCUCGCUUGCAUCAUUGUGGUGCUUGGUUUUGUUGGAAUUGUAUAUCAUUGUUGCAUGUGGUCUAAGUAUUUAGCCUACAGAGAAAGAGUGAAGCGACUUUACGUUGCCCCAAGAUAUGAACCUGUGUUUGUCGAACCUAGUCUUAAAGAAUAUGAAACGCAGGUUCUUCAAAUGAGCAUUCCCCUUGAUGAUGAAAUUGGUGGUAGUGUACAAGAUCCUCACCUAUCCCUAACAUUACGAGGUAUGGAAGGCAUAGCCUACAUCGGUGGAAGGGAUGGCACUGCUUCAGCUUUUGGUGGACAUAUCACUGAUAAUAGUUUUUCCACCGGAGGCUCUUCGCUCAAUGAAAGCAGGAGCUCCCUAGGUCAUAGUAGUACAGCUAGGGCAACAAGUAGUGGUCCUUCAGCUCUAGAUGAACCCGGUGACCUCAUGAUUCCAGCAACCAACCCACUGUUCGAGGACCCAGAUCAGGACGACGAUUUAGUUGCCUCUUCUAAAGCUGGUCCAUCUGAGGGUAAAGUUGCUCUUGUAGAAACACAUGAGCCCCCACAUAGGACUAAAUACUCUGCUGAAAAUACAACGGAACUUUGAUGAAACUCGAAUUUAUUCAGCUUUUCACAGCAAGACUGGCAAUAUUUUAUUGCCAUUUGUGCAAGCCAUACCUCUUUAAGGAGAACGAAAAAGUGAUCAAACCUAGUGUCAAAUGAUAGAUUUUAUAGACAGACUCAUGACAGUGGCAUGAACCACUUGAGAUUAUAAUUCAUGUUUUUGUACAUAAGAAAUUAGGUAUUAUUUUAAGGUUCUUUGUAAAAUAUGAUUCUUCUUCUCUGCUUAAAAUAUCGAUAUUUUUACCUGUGUGAUGAUUCAAAACAUUGAUCAAUGAUAUCAAAAUGCCGAUAACUAAAUAUAAAUAAUAACAUGCAUUCAAGGAGCAGUUAAACUAUUCAAUUGUCAUUACUUUUUAAUCAGUUCUUGCCCAAAACAUCGCUAUCGUAAUCGAUAAGAUAAUACAAAUCGUCGAUUCUAUAUCGCCUAAAACACUAAUAUUGAGAUAAAAAUGACAGUAUGCAUUCCCAACUGAUAACUGUUGUGGUGUUUUUGUUUUGAGAAAUCAAAAACACCGAGGUUCGAAUCAGUGAUAUUAAAAGAUUGGUAUCGAUAGAUAAUUUAUGGAAUGUAUUUCUAGUUGUUAAACUAUUUAACUGUUUUCGCGUUUUUGAAUUCUAAUGCUCAUCGAUGUCGGGAAUGCAAAAUAAACUCUUACCUUUAAUUUUGAAAGAAAUUGGACAAAUAUAAGAAAUUUGUAGUCUAUUUUUUUACAAUAGUGUUAUUUUCCUUAUAGGCAUCUACUUUAUAAUCAAUUGUAAAUUCCUACUGAAUAAUUAUAUUGAUUACUCAGAUAAAAAAAAAACUGUUUAUGCAAAAACUGCUUUUAUAAAACUGCUAGAAUAAAUGUUCAACAGGAAAACAACACUUACGUUUAAAA